UUGUUACCUCUGACCUCAUUACAACAUGGCUGCGACAGAGCUUCCGGCAUGCACUUAGGCUUCAGGUUCCACUAAUCCCAUUAAAAGUUACAGUUUGAAAGUUAAAUUUGCAGAUAGAACUCGGUGGGGAAACGGCCAAAGGUUUGUGCCCAGCCUUCUGUAUUCCAGUAAAAUAAGGCAAGAAGUGAACAAAAACCAUGUCAAGAUCAACAGGGCCACCACCAGACCAGUGGCAGCCAGGGCAGGAGGUGCUAGCACGCUACACAUUCCAAGGCAACUCAAGGGAAGAUCUACCCUUUCAGAAAGGAGAUGUGCUUACUAUAAUAAAGGCAACCAGGGACCCAAUGUGGUACCACGCCAGAAGGUCUGACAACAAAGAGGGAAUGAUUCCUGCAAACUAUGUGCAAAAAAGAUCUGAGGUCAAGCUGCAUGCUAUGCCGUGGUUUCAUGGUAAAAUCAAGCGUGAGCAGGCAGAAGAAUUAUUACAGCCACGAGAAGAGGGAUUGUUUCUUGUACGUGAGAGCACCAACUAUCCUGGGGACUACACGCUGUGUGUUGCCCAUAAAAACAGUGUUGAACAUUAUCACAUCAUAUAUAAACUAAACAAGUUAACAAUAGAUGAAGAGGAAUAUUUUGAUAACUUAAAUGAACUUGUGGAGCAUUACAAGAACGAUGCAGAUGGGCUGUGUACCAAGCUACGGAAGUCUGUUCCUAAAACCAAAGGUGGUAUGGAGUACACAGUGGACAAAAGGCAGUUUAUGGAUGCAGGGUGGUCUAUUAAAGAGAAAGAUCUGAUCAAGGGGGAAACCAUUGGAAGAGGAGAAUUUGGAGAUGUAAGAAAGGGGGAGUUUAAAGGAGUACCAGUAGCCAUAAAAUAUCUGAAAGAUACAGAUAAUGCAGCUCAGCAAUUCUUAGCAGAGGCUUCUCUUAUGACAUCCUUGAAACAUCGUAAUCUUGUCCAGCUUAUAGGGGUGGUAUUAGGCCAGGAAAUAUACAUUGUAACAGAAUUCAUGGCCAAAGGAAACUUAGUGGACUAUCUCAGAACGAGGGGAAGGAGUGUCAUCACAAAAAGAGAUUUGUUGAAUUUUGCCAGUGAUACUUGUGAAGGAAUGGCAUACUUAGAAACCAAAAGUUUAGUACACAGAGACCUGGCAGCCAGAAAUGUUUUAAUAUCAGAAGAUGGAGUGGCUAAGGUGUCUGAUUUUGGACUUGCUAGAAGAGCAGAUUCUAACCAAGCAGGAGGAAAGUUCCCAAUUAAAUGGACAGCACCAGAAGCUUUAAGAGAGAAUAAAUUUACCAACAAAUCUGAUAUGUGGAGUUUUGGAAUCCUAAUAUGGGAGAUUUAUUCCUUUGGAAGGGUGCCAUACCCAAGAAUACCUCUAGCAGAUGUGGUAAUGCAUGUAGAGCGAGGAUACAGGAUGGAGAAACCAGAGGGAUGUCCUAAUGAGGUAUAUGAAGUCAUGCGCAAAGCAUGGGACUUAGACCCGGCCAGGAGGCCCACUUUUGCAGAUGUCAAAGUAGAACUAGAAAAAUUACGAGCUGUUGCUGUCUAAAACUGACCAGUUUAACCUAUAUGUCUAAACAAUACUUGUAUAACCAAAUACAGCUGUAGGAAAGGAUGCAGAGAUAAGAGUGAUUAGUAUGAUGCAAACUGGCACACAUAUGAACCAAGUCCAAUGGAAUCACUUUGUGCAGGAUGACAUGGGAUUUUACCAGGAAGUAUUAGUAUUGUAUGUUCAGCUACUUAGAAUCACUUUUCUCAUGGUCAUAGUUUGGUUUGAGGCAGACCAGACUCUUGUCUUAUCUGGAAUUUCUCCAGAUUAUUUAUACCAGUAUGUAUGGACCCAAAACUGUCCAAAUCCCCUGAAAGGGGAUGGUUUUGGGUAAUGUGGCCCAUUCUUGUUCUCCCCUCCCCCUUCCUUUGGUGGUGGUGGGGAUGGGAGGGUCUACAGUAUUCAACAGAGAUUAAGCUUUUUAGCAGAGAACUUGGCAAAUGCAGCCCAGCUAGCAGUGAAAGAACGAAAGACGGCCAUAAUGUUAAUUCCAGUGUCACACCUAACACAGAGCCACCCUUGUCCAAGUGGUUUCACAUGUAAUACAAUCUUCCAGUGAACCACAUGGAACAGGUAUAGUGGGAAAGGACAAGUGAACACAAUUGUAAUUAGAUUGAAUAUAUUUAUAAGGAAUUAGAAUGUUGGUAAACUGUCAUCAUACCAAAGUUUUCUGUAUUUUUACGAGUGCAUUACAACUGGUGCAUAUUUUAGCAUGGGAUUUUAAUGUGCUCCAUUUCAUCUUCUAUGCAUUAUGUUUUAUUAUGUCAUAUAUGUAGGUUUUGUGAUACCAUAGAUAGUAAAUCAAAUAUUAAAGGUCAUGGAUACUUAGAUAAGUUUUACCUCAUUUAAACAAACAAAAAACUUUUGAGUGGAUAUUUUCAUAUGCAGAAGCCUUGGUCUGUAUAUUUUCUGAACUCCAUUGUCUUUUUAUGACAGUAACACACUCAUAUCUUAAUUUGUUGUUUGCAGCAUACUCAUUUAUACAGACAGAAACUGCAAGUUUACCUCAAAAUUCAUUGAGGUUAACUAAAAAAAAAAUUAGUUGCAUUCAAAAUGAAUGAGAAUUUAAAAAUAGGGCAACUUCACUACUUUUCCAGUACAAAAUUGUCCCAAAUUCCAUUGCUUAACUUUUUUGUCUGUCAGCUGCACUGAUAUGGAAUGGCAUACUGUUCUUACUAUAAAUGAUAACAAGUUGGUGAUUUUUUACUCAUUUUCAAAUUUUAGUUACUUUCAACCCUCUGGUAACUUGAUUGGCUGUAUUGUCUGUAUACUUGCCAGCUUUGCUAUCUAUAUAAGAACUUCAAGAUUUAAUACACAUUGCAUAUUCACAAUCCUAUGUCACAUUUUGCUGUUGCCUCAAAGUGCAGAGAAUUUUGACCUUGACCUUGCUGGCAAGUUGUCAGGGACAUGGAAGGGUAUGCUUUGUCUCCAGACAUUCCUGGAAGUUCUCUAGGCUAAAUUUAUCCCUUUUAAGCAUUAUGAUCAUCUGGUUAUAAAAUGUGUUCCCACCUUGAUUUAGAAAUAUGUAUUCUUUGUUGUAACUAUUUUCUUUUUCUUAUAAUAGUAGUAGGUGACAAAGCUUUUGCUUGAUCCUUACAUUACUUGUAGGUAACAGAUAAUGCAAAUAGAUAUUAGGUAUUUUAAUCAUAUCUCAUAAAAUAAAAUCUCUAUUUGAUUGUGCUCAAUUAUGGAAAUUAGGCAUUACAUGGAUAAAUUCUGAAAAAAGUAGAGCAUUGCGAUAGAAAUUAUUUAAGUGCAUCUUUUUCAAGAAUUGUGUACAUAAUAUUAGCUUUUAGCUAGAACAUCGACCAUGGCCUUCAAAUCCACUAGGGAAUUAUAGGUUAAUUUGUCUUAAGCCAAUAAAAUUGACCAACACAGUAUAAAAACAA